CAUUGCCUGAGGCAGAAUAAAAGGGAAUUUUAUAUUUUUAUUAAAAGAAGUACAGGGUAAGUAGCAUCCAGUAAUUACAGAGGGCUAGCAGGAACGCACUGGAUGGCCUCCUUCAGCACUGGAACUCUUCCAAAUGGACAGAGAGUAAGAUUGAAUGUAAUAACAAGUUGUCUAACUUGUCCAAAGACCUGAAGCUAAUGUCUCUCUCUGACUGGAGACCAGCGUCACCUGGUGGCCAGAAACUCGCUUUACGACGGCACGGCGCGGCGCCCCUCCGCUUUACGGCAGCAACGGCAGCAUGGCGAAUGGUGGUCAGGAGGACGGUGCGGCCCCCCGGGGAGGAGGAGGCCAAGGACAAGGCCAGCAGCUCUCCUUCAGCCAGGCCUGCGCCCUUAUCCAAAGCCCGUAUUCGUGCCUGGUGCUGGACACCUGCCGGAGGCACAUCACCCUGGCCCCGGUGUACCUGAAGCGGCAGAGAUCCGGCAUCGAGAAGCAGCUGCGGACGGAGUUACUGCGGUUCUCCGAGAGUCUGCAGGGUGUCCCAAUUGCUUUCGAUAAAGUCAGAUUAAUUGGUGAAUUGGGUGACAUCUAUGAUGACCAAGGAUAUAUCCAUCUCAAUAUUGAAGCAGACUUUGUUAUCUUCAGGCCUAAAAUUGGACAGAAGCUGAUGGGUAUCGUAAAUAAAGUUGCUCCAAGUCAUCUUGGCUGUCUGGUACAUGGGUGUUUUAAUGCUUCAAUACCCAAACCACACAAGGCAAAUGGAACUUGGCCAGGUUUUGCAGUAACAGUGGGUGAUAGCUUGAAAUUUGAAGUUCUGCAGCUGGAUGCUGAUGUCGCUGGUGUACUGUGCAUUCGAGGACAGUUGCAUUUAAGGUUGCAGGCAACAUGUGUGGAUUCUGAAGGAUCACUUCAAGAUAAUACUGGAGAACAAAAUGAUGGGAUAGUACGGAAAAAGAAAAAGAAAAAGAAAAAGAAGAAAGAUGAAACAUGUGACGGAGAAGUUGAAGAGACUCUGAAUUAUGAGAUUUCAGACAAGAAUUGCCAUGAAGACCAAAUGGGAAGCACUGAAGUAAUUUUAGACAGUAAGAAACACAAAAAGAAAAAGCGGAAGACAGCAGAACUAGACGCAGACACUGAAACCCAUGGGCGGGAUGACAGUGAUUAUUUCAGUGACAAAGCAGUUAAGAAAAAGAAAAGAAAAUUGUCUGUGGAUGAUUCAGAACUUUCUGGUUACGCGCAAAAAGCAAAAUGCAAAAAGAAAAAUGUUGAAAAAUAUAUUUAACUGUAUAUGUAGUUCAAAUAUUCCUUGAAUAUUGCCUUGCAGAUGAUUUGCUUACUCUGCAUUUUUACUUUGCGAUUCACUUAUUGUAUUUUUGGGGGGCAUAUUCUGAAGAAUGUAUAAACUUCUACAAAAAGUAUUGAUUUUUGUUGCUUCAGUGAUGUUUGUGUUACAAAUGAAUGAGCAUUUGGCUCAUGCUCCAAGGAUGGAGUGAAAUGUAAAAGGAAUUAUCUAAUGAAAUUUUUAUAGUUAUUGGUUUCUUAAUGACAUUAUUAAAUAGCAGCUGUGUAUA